AUGGCAAUAGCUUUACAGACCUUCCUACUUCAACUGAUACUCUUCUUCUUUGCUUCUCAUGCGGAAGCAAACAACCCGCGAAAGAUAUACCUCGUGCAGAUGAAAGUUGGAGGGCAUCGAUAUGGGUCAAGUUCCGGUCACCAGGAACUACUCCGCGAAGUUCUCGAUGAUAAUAGUACCGUAUCGAAUGCACUCAUCUACAGCUAUAGGGAGAGCUUCACCGGUUUCUCGGCAAGACUCACACAUAGCGAACGGCAAAAUCUGAAGAGGAGAAGAGAGGUAUUACAAGUGUCACGUAGUAGAAAUCUAAAGCUUCACACGACAAGAUCAUGGGACUUCAUGAAUCUAACAUUAGCAGCUCAGAGAAAUCCCAUGAAUGAGAGUAAUUUGGUGGUGGCUGUCAUCGACUCAGGCAUUUGGCCUUACUCUGAGCUCUUCAGUAGCGACAGUCCUCCUCCUCCAGCUUGGCAAAACAAAUGCCAAAACAUAACUUGCAACAACAAGAUCGUUGGUGCUCGAUCAUACUACCUAGAUAAGAAAGACUACAAUGUGACUGAAGAGAAUUCGGUGAUUGACGUGGUGGGACACGGCACGCACGUAGCCUCCAUUGUUGCUGGCAGAGAAAUAGAGAAGGCGAGCUACUUCGGGCUAGCAAAAGGCACAGUGAGAGGCGGUGUUCCCAACGCAAAGAUCGCUGUCUACAAAACAUGUUGGAAAAUAAGAAAAAAUGGUACAGAGGUUUUAAUUUGUCCACAACAUACAGCCUUGGCGGCAGUAGAGGAUGCAAUCAAGGACAAGGUCGACAUCAUCUCGUAUUCCCAGGGGUGGGAUUAUCCGGUUCCGAUGGAAGAAGAUCAUGUCUCGUGGGCAUUUUUGAGAGCACUUAAGAAUGGGAUUUUGACUUCAGCCGUGGCCGGGAACUCAGGCAAGGAUGGCUAUUACGCUCUCAUCAACGGUGCACCUUGGGUCAUGACCGUUGCAGCGAGCAUGAAAGAUAGACUUUUCGAGACUACGGUGGAACUUGAAGGGGAUGAGCCAAUUACUGUUUACAACACGAUCAACACCUUCAAGACACAAGAUUCUUUCUACUCACUUUUGGAUGAAACAGGAUCCGCUGAAUCGACAAGAAAACGUGAACUCCUCGCUGAGAGCAAAGAUGGCCUAAUCUCGUAUAAUCAUAAGAACGACAAAGGAAAAGAUGUUUUCUUCAACUCCUCACAAAUCACAAUCUUGGAGAAAGCGAUUAAAGAGAGGGCAAAAGGUGCAAUCGUAUGGGGUAAUUUUACUGACACAGUAGGGUCAAAAAAGUUCCAGUUUCCUAUCGCUUCUGUAUUUCUGGACAAAGAAUAUGGAGAUCAACUACGGAAGUACUUUGCAAAAGAUAGAAGCACACAUGCAGUCAAAAUCCACAAGACGGAGGAAAUUCCAGACGAAGGAAUGGUUCCAACUGUUGCUGAAAUGUCUUCGAGGGGUCCUAAUUGCGACAGUUACCUAGCAAACAUUCUCAAGCCUGAUAUAGCUGCUCCGGGGUUAGACAUCAUAGCGGGUUGGCCCGAGAAUGUGAAACUUUUGCCAUUAGCUGCCAACGACUAUCGCCAUCUUAGAUUCAACAUAAUGUCAGGAACUUCCAUGGCUUGCCCUCAUGCCACUGGACUUGCCUUGUACAUUAAGUCAUUCAAACAUUGGUCUCCAUCCGCUAUUAAAUCUGCCCUAAUGACCACUUCCACGGAAAUGGUAGGUAUGGGCGAUGGCUUUGCAUACGGUUCAGGACAGUUAAACGCUACAAAAGUCCUAGACCCUGGUUUAAUUUACGAGACACAACACCAAGACUACAUUGAUUACAUGUGUAAACAAGGCUACAACACCGAGAAGCUAAGAUCACACGUUGGAAGCAACGAGAUAAAUUGCUCCGGGAUCAAGAUAGACAAGAACGCUGACCUCAACUAUCCAAGCAUGUCGGCUGAAGUGGAACUCAACACCAAAUUCUCUAAAGUCUUCUAUAGAACGGUCACCAACGUUGGCAACCCAAAGUCCACUUACCUCGGAAAAAUUAAGUUCCGAGGUAAGAAGAAUUUUAAGGCUAAGAUCACUGUGAAGCCUAGAUGGCUAAAUUUUAGCAAGUUGGGACAGACCAAGACUUUCACGGUGACCGUCACCGGUCUAUCGGAACCAAACUCGAAGCACUCGAAGGAGACCUUUAUGCUAGGGAAUACGUGGCUCACGUGGACGGAGAUAGGCGGUUCUCGCCAAGUCAGGAGUCCCAUUGUCAUAUACUCUAUUGCUAAGGGAACCAACGCUUGUCGUGAAUUCUAA